AUGGCGGACGCCAACGCUACUUUGGAGGCAAAGCGGCUGACCGUCGCUGCAUCCGCCAAACAGUGCCUACUAUCGUUGCAGCAAUGCCUCUCCAAGGCGUCGUCUGUCUAUCCCCAGAAGCUAUCGAUGGUAGAGGGCCUACUUUCAAGGUUGUCCCUUUGGACCACAGACAUAAGAAUGUUUGCUACUGACCGAACAUUUUUGAACUAUCGUCUCCAACAUGUUCCAGAAGUGCAGACCGUCGUUACGGAUCUACUGGAGUCGCUGAACUAUCGCAUUCGAACUUCUUUCGAGUUACUUGCCUACAAGGACAUUAUUCCGAAUAUUCUUCUUGACUGGAAUACUGCUCAUAAAACCGAGAUGGACAUAUCGUCUUCAAGGGCAAAACUCGAGAGCGGUCUGCACUCAGAUUUUGGAGAUAUAAGAGAGUUCACUUGUCCUUACUGCUUCGACACUCUCCCAGUCGAAGAGAUAUUCGACAAGGAGAAAUGGCCAAGAGUAAUUACCAAACCCUCAACCAAAAUCCACGUCAAGAAUGACCUGCACCCUUACGUCUGCCUCUUUGAGGACCGCGGCCGGCCGGAUGAGAUCUGUAACACGGGAAAUGACUGUCUCAGGCAUUUAUACGAGCACCGUCCGAUAUGGCUCUGUUCAUGUCUCGGGGAGGAACAUGAAUUUUCAGCUCCUGAAGAGUAUAUCCAACACCUGCGGGAUGCCCACGACAUGAAAUUCAGCGACAGCGAAAUCCGCGACGUGGUAGCGAGUAACACUCGCAAGACGGCAAAGCUGUUUCACUCGUGUCCAUUGUGUGGCAAAGACGAGGCUGAGGCUAGGGGUAGCUUGAAGGAUCACAUCGCCGGGCACUUGAUCUCCCUGGCUCUCGAGUCCCUUCCAGUCAACCAAAAGGAGGCGCCGGAUGAUUCUGAAACUGAGAUGUUACUAGUAUCACUCUAUUCUCGCUAUUUUAACGCUACUAGCGUUGGCAUAGGGAAUGUCUACGCUGGUGACAUGUGA